AUAAUUUAUUUUCAAAAUUAACUCUUUUGAACCUCUUGAUCACUCAAAAUUUAAAAAGAGUUUGAAUCUUUAAUGCGUAGGUUGCAGGGGUUUUAGGGUAUUUAGGGUUUUAGACAACUGUUUUUUUUUUUUUUUUUUUCUUGAUCUAAAAAUAUAUGAAUGGAGGACAAAGAGGGACCAACGCCCGGGGUCACAGCGAAAAAAGAUGAAGCUCCAGAAGGCUACCACGUGGCACCCAGAACGGAAAACCCCUCCCCAUGUGCGGGACCCACAACGCAGGCCAACGCUGCUCCUACGGCGAGUGUAGCCUCGCCGCCGGUGGGCUCAGAAAUGAAGAAAAAAAGAGGCAGACCAAGGAAGUACGCACCGGAUGGGUCUUUGGCAAUGGCAUUGUCACCGAUGCCGAUAUCGUCGUCGGUUCCACUGACGGGAGAGUUUUCCCCUUGGAAACGGGGAAGAGGGCGGUGGGUUGACACGGUCAAAAAGUCACAUAAGUAUGAGUUCGAGAGCAGGCCAGGUGACAGGAUCCCAUAUUUUGUGGGGGCAAAUUUCACUCCUCAUGUAAUCACUGUUAAUGCUGGUGAGGAUAUUACAAUGAAGGUGAUGUCUUUUUCUCAAGAAGGAGCUCGCGCUAUAUGCAUUCUCUCUGCAAAUGGCACUAUUUCAAAUGUUACCCUUCGUCAACCUACUUCAUCUGGUGGUACUCUGACAUAUGAGGGGCGAUUUGAGAUCCUUUCUUUGUCUGGUUCAUUUAUGCCUACUGAGAAUAAUGGAACAAAGAGUAGAUCUGGUGGGAUGAGUGUUUCUUUGGCAGGCCCAGAUGGUCGUGUUCUAGGAGGGGGACUUGCUGGUCUGUUGGUAGCUGCUGGUCCUGUGCAGGUUGUUGUGGGCAGUUUCCUACCAGGUCACCAGCAGGAGCAGAAGCACAAGAAACAGAGAACAGAACCUGUAGCCACUGUUGUGAGCCCUACGGCUGUGCAUACAAUGCCUUCAGAAGAAAUUAAGGUGUCCUAUGGUGGAGUGAAGCCAAUUCUCACCUCUCCAUCAUUCCGUGGAGACAGUUCAGGUACUUUGAACCCUAUCCAGGGCUUUAGAAAUUCUGAUAUUGACAAUAAAUCAUCUUCAGCUGGAGAGGAGCCGAAGGGCCAUAGUCUAUCACAGUGUGAUGUUUCCAGUUGAUAGUAUCUGCAUGCUGGAAACUGGUUCAUCAUCAUUUCGGAUAUAAUGAUUUCUAAUUGUGAGGAAGCUGGGCUCUUAAGUCAACCUCGUACAAGACCAAUAGAAGCUCUUAUGGGCUUCGUACCAAGGAAAAAGAAUGUUUAACGUCAUGAUGGUUUUAACCCAUAAUUGUGCUGCCUUGUUAGGUUUAGGUAGGAUUUCUAAUUGUUAGUAUCAGUAUUCGGCCGUUGUUAUGAUGUAUGGUGUAUUUUCAUGUGUUUUCUUACUCAUUGGAGUAAAAUUUUAUGAAUGAUUGAAACGUGGUUUGCCAUUCUCCUGAUCAAUCUCCAUGUAUCCAAAUGAUCUGAAGUUUAAAUGCAUGUUUUGAU